AUGCCUCCGGCCAGCGGCCCCCGCGCGCCGCGCCCCGCCGCGCUGCCCCGCAGCCUGUCCCGCCUGCGCGAGUGCCCGGGCCGCUCCCGCAUCGUGCUGGCGCUCGGGGCCACGCAGAUGGCGCUCGGAUGCCUCAUCGUGGCCGUCAGCUUCGCGGCGCUGGCGCUCACCACCUCGGCCCGUGUCCGCCACUCCUGCCCCUUCUGGGCCGGCUUCUCGGUGCUGCUAUCAGGACUCAUCGGUGUUGUCUCCUGGAAGAGGCCCCUCUCCUUGGUGAUAACCUUUUUCAUGCUGCUCUCUGCAGUGUGUGUAAUGCUGAAUUUGGCUGGUUCAAUUCUCUCCUGUCAGAAUGCUCAGCUAGUCAACUCCCUGGAAGGCUGUCAGUUGAUUAAGUUUGACAGUGUCGAGGUGUGUGUCUGCUGUGAAAUGAAGCACCAGUUGUCUGGCUGCAGCAACCUUGGGGAGACACUGAAGCUGAACCCACUCCAGGAGGAUUGCAAUGCCGUGCGGCUGACCUUGAAGGACCUCCUCUUCAGUGUGUGUGCCCUCAAUGUCCUCUCCACCAUCGUGUGUGCGCUGGCCACAGCCAUGUGCUGCAUGCAAAUGGUCUCUGCCGAUGUCCUACAGAUGUUCCUUCCACAAAGGGUGCCUGCCACCAGCCCGGCCUGCCUGACUCCUCACGGCACUGUUCUCCACCAGACCCUGGAUUUCGAUGAGUUUGUGCCCCCGCUGCCCCCUCCCCCCUACUACCCUCCGGAAUACACCUGCACGCCCACCGCUGAUGCCCACAGGGGUCUGCACCUGGACUUUGCUUCCUCUCCAUUCGGCACUUUGUAUGGCGUCGCCAUCAACAGCCCUGGCCUGCUCUACCCGGCUGAGCUCCCACCGCCCUACGAGGCUGUGGUGGGCCCAACCCCUGCCAGCCAGCUUCCAAGUGCAGACCAGCAGGUGAUCGAGCCCAGCUCCAGGAACCCAGAUGCCACCACUGGCUUCAGCACACAAGUGCCGGCAGACAACACAAGCCUCCUGGCCUCCGAGGGCUCUGCUGCGCCAGGCCUGAACCGCCCAUCCCCUGAUGGCCCCACGGGUGCCCCUUUGCCUGCUCCAUGCCCUGGCCAAACGUCCCCUGAGGGCCCUGACCAGGGCACAGGGGCUCGGCCAGGUCCCAAGCGUGUGGCCCGCUCAGCCAGUGACCCCACCUCAUGCACGUUCAGGGCAGCAGGCGGUGCCUCGUCACACACCCCCUCCUGCAGCCAGGACCUUGAAGCAGGACUGUCCCGGGCCGCACUGGGGACUGCUUCUCUGUCUCACUCUGUCACGGCUGCUUGGGCCUAUCGGCACCAGCUUUCACCCCCUGGGGAACCAGACUCCUGGAAAACAGACCACCGGUUCAAGCCAGAGCCCCUACAGACAGUCUCCAAAGAGCAGCUGCACUCCUUAGUGGACAGCAAGGCCUACGCGGACACCAGGGUUUUGGUGGCUAAGUUCUUGGAACACUCAAGCUGCUCCCUUCCCGCCGAGGUGCGGCAUGUGGUGGGCUCGGCCUGUGCGGCUGUCCCCUCAGAGGAGUGCCCUGUGGAGGAGGCCGUCCUCAGCGCCUGUGUCCUUGACCAGCUGUGAAGACCCUCAGGUCUGGACGUGCACACAGACAGGCCUGGUGCCACAGGCCCCCCUGGGGGCGCAGGGCGGCGGGGAGAGGCCGCUGCCCAGGGUGGGUCAGGCGGGGAGGGCUGUCCCCUCCUCCACGGGGAUCCCAUAGGCUGUUUUCCUACCUAUUGCAGUAAUACAGCCAAUGACUGUCACGUCCGUGGUGAAUUCCGUAGCUUUGUCAGGCAUGUGGCACCUUGAAGUAGCACGUGACAGGAACCUCGUGACGGGACACUCAUGUAGCUAAAGAAACGUUAAAUAUCUUUAAAAUUUGGGCCUCAAAGAGCAGGAUUCACCACCACACCUCUGCGCCCCCCCCCCACCCCCGCCGCCACUGGUUUAGUUUAGUGUUUAAGGAGCUGGAGGAGGAAAAAAGCAAGAAGCCCAUUUUUUUCUUGCGGUUUGUGUCACCCCAUGAUCAGCCCUGUCUCAGAUGCGACUUUAAAUAAGUAGUUCUAGCACAGAUGGCAGCCUGGGCCCAGCCUUAUGCCUGCAGUGCGACAGGGCCACUGUGUGAACAAAUAUACAACCAAUGCGGGACUCCACAGUGGCCUGGCCAUCCUGGGAGGCAGACGGGUGUGGCGAGAGGCCUUGUGGGACCUGUCACCUCAUCUCCCAGACAUCCUCUCCCACCUGCCCCCGCCCCCCCGCCUCCUCCGCCCCAGGACAACUUCCCUGCUUCCUCUGGCUGUCUCUCCACUGUUUCUCUCCCUCUCUCUCUCUUUUAUUUUUCUGAUUUUUAGGGCUGCACCCACAGCAUAUGGAGUUUCCCAGGCCAGGGGUCAAAUUGGAGAUACAGCUGCUGGCCUACGCCACAGCCACCAACACCAGAUCCGAGCCGCAUCUGCCACCCAUACCACAGCUCAUGGCAAUGCCAGAUCCUUAACCCACUGAGCAAGGCCAGGGAUCAACCUGAAUCCUCAUAGAUACUAGUUGGGUUUGUUAUUGCUGAGCCACAACAGGAACUCCCUCUGCUGUCAGGAGUGGCUCUGCACGGAGCACUUUCAGUGGUUAUCUGCCACAUAGCAGUAAGCACCUGUAGCAGCUUGAGGGGGCUCCCGCCGCAUCUGCCCUCGCCAGGUUGGCCUCAAAGGAUCUCUCUCUGAUGACCCAGAGCAGCCCCUUCCCCAGCCGGGUGGCAGCAGCCACACCUGCUUUGGAAGAUGCAGGUUGUCAAUCACUUCUUUCUCUAAACCCCCCUGAGCUGGGUGUGUGGACACCUCCUUGGCAAUGGCAGCUUGGGCAUCUUCAACCUCCUUGGCCUCCCAGCCCUCCUUGUUCUGGCAACGUCGGCAGCAGCUGCUUCCCAGCAAGAGCCCUGGAGCAGUGCUGUUCAGCCAUGGGGAAACCUGUACUAUGCUAUCUUGAACUGUGGCUAGUGAUCGUGUUCUCAACCAAGAGCCAGAGCCUGACAUGGGGUGUGCAGGGGAAGGGCUGGACAGUGCCCACCACUGCUGGGUGCCCAGCAGCCCACGGGCCACACCUCAUUGUAACCCACAUGCUGGGGUGUGCAUGUGAUUGGGAGCAGGGGAGAGGAUGUUUCCAGCCCAGAUACCCCGAGGAGCCCCUGGAAACUGAGGUGGGAAGCCUGUGGUGACAGCCAUCUAUGAACGCUUUGCUUCACUGUUAUGACUGGUCACUGCCUCCCAGAGGUGAGAGCUGGACAAGUAUAAGUCAGGCCUUGUGAUGACAGCCAGAAUUUUUCCACUCGAGACAUCCCAGAAGCACUUUAUCCAGACUAUAAAUGGGAAAUCUAUUCUGUAAUUCAACUGAGGGCUUUUGAAGUCUCCUCCAACCCCACUCUCCACUACAAGCAAAUGUCCUUGAAGGUAAAGUUAAUUGAUGAUUUUCCUAGGUAACCUCCCCUGAGCCUCCCAGCAAAGCAUGAAUGGGGCCUGGCACCCCUGUAUCAGGGUCUCUGGGGUGGCAGCUGGAGCUUAGCAGGCUGCGGGGGUGUCACCUGUGUGGCAAGGAGGCUAUCAGGUUUGGGGGCUCACACAGCUGGGUCCCUGGGCUAAGCCUUCAGGUCUCACUCAGAUGUGGCUGCUGCUCCAGUGGGACCCACCCUCGAAGCUCCCCAUGUAACAGGCAUCAGAAUUGUUACUGUGCAGUGGGUGCGUGACCUCUGGGAGGCCUGGCCUGGUGCUGUGUGUCCUUAGCCUCCUCUCAUUGCAGGAGGACAGUGUCUUCUGCCUCCGGGCACCAGCCACAGCCUGUGUCUCCACCUUGGUGCAGGUGGAUGCUCUGGCCCAAAGCCCAUCUUCCUAACGUUCUCAAGGGCCCAGCUCUCACAAACCUUCUCACGCUCAGUUUUGUACUUGCUCUCACAGCAACUCUAUCUUGAGGAUGGGAAAACUGUACCCAGUUCUCUAGUCCUGGACUUGAACUUUCUGCCCCCCUUCUGAGGGCCCUGGAUGGCCCACAUUGGUUCCAGCAGGGCCCAGGCUCCUGGAUUCAAGGAAAGGUCCCAGGAAGAGAGAGGUGCCUGGGAAUGGACCGGAACCCAAACUCUCCAGUCCUGGUACCUACCUUAACCCCACUCUGCUCGGGAACCAGGAGCCCCAGCAGCGAGUACUCUGAGCCCCAGACCGUGUAGGCACGCGGCCAAGGGGAAGCUACUUUCUUUCCACUGCUGGUGCAUCCUCGCCCUCUCGGCUCUGUUCUCUCCACUUGUUUUUUUUUUUUUUUUUUUUCUUUUCUGGCUGCCCCUUGGUAAAUGGUGUUGCUGGGCUGGGGAUCAAAUCUGAGCCAUGGCUACUGUAACGCUGAAUCCUUAACCCACUGUACCAGGCUGAGGAUCAAACCUGUGCCCUGGCUCUGCAGAGAUGACACUGAUCCCAGUGUGCCACAGCAGGAACUCCUCCCCCUACUCUUGUUAACACAUAGGCAGGCAAGGGUGACGGGCUGCUGGAAGCUGAGUACAGGGCUGCCCCUGCCCCUGCCCCUGCCCCAAAAGGGGCCAACACAGCACGGGCCAGAGUCUGUGUGGACACUGCCAUUGGACCCCUGUCUGGGGGGUCACAAGGAUACUGAGGAUCCUGACUCUGGCAAAUAGAGGGGAGCUUAUCCUUCAGCUGGAAAUGAUACGAAUUUAGUGCUUGUAACAAACCACGUAAAAGGAGGCUAAUUUCAAAUGGAUGUUUUUUCUCCCCUUCAGCUGUAUUGAUUCACGGAUGCUGCUAUUAAGGCAGAAUUUAUAGGAAAUUGUUUUCAAGCCUCUUUGUACAACUGGAAGGUUGUAUUUAUUUAUUGUACCUCAAGGUGUUUUCCUAAUGAUCAGUGUUUUAAUAAAAACUAUUUCUGGCC